AUGGGUCAACGAAAAUCCUUAGUAGCAGUCAGCGUAAAACCUAAAUGCUUCAAAUUGGAGCCUAGACGGGAAUCAUCGUCCUCGACGUCCUUAUCUCCAUCUUCACCAAAUGUACAUAUAAACACAUCAGGAAUACCAGCUAUUAAGUUAUCUAAGAAUUGGGAGUUGCCACAGCGGCUAAAACCGGGUCGCAAACCGAAGUUCAAAAGGGCAGAUGUAUCAGCUAACAAUAAUCCGACAUCUAAGGUAAAGAAGGUUUCAAUAUCCAAUCAGAAAGACCAAAUGACUACAAGAGAGUAUGGAAACGAAGAUAUAAAAGAUUCUUUGGGAAAAUUUGACGACGAAGGAAAUGCAAGUGGUGAAGAAAAUGGUGUCGAUAGCGUAGAGAAGCGAAGGAGGCAAAAUAGAGAUGCCCAAAGAGCCUAUAGAGAACGUAGAACAACAAGAAUUCAAGUACUGGAAGAAAAGGUGGAGAUGCUACAUAACCUGGUUGAUGAUUGGCAAAAAAAAUAUAAACGGCUAGAAUGUGAAUUUUCCGAGACAAAGGAAAAGUUGCAUGAAUCACUGGCAUUGAACAACGAGCUACGAAAGAAUUUGCAAUUGAUUGUCCCUACUUCAUUCCAACAACAGUCGCACAACCUGCCAGAUAAUUCUGUUUCGAUGAUGGAAAUGGUAGAAAACUUCAAACCAAUGGGCGCUGUCAAUCUGAAGAAAAGGAAAGCUGAGAGAGCUUUACUAACAUCUCAUAUGUCUGCGAUAUUAACGGAUCAAUCUUUAUCUGAGAUUGAUAUAGCUAACGAUUAUCAAUAUUCAAACAACAGGCAGUUCAGUUCGAGGAAUUCAUCUCUGGAUGACCCUAUAAAUUCGCCUAUUUCAUCAUGUAGCAGCAGUCACAAUGCAUAUGUGGGAAGUGGCAACAAAAAAAGUAAGUGUUGUGGGAAUAAGGAUCAUAUGAAACUAGCAAUAUGCUGCAACCAAAAGAACAGUAUCACGUCACCUUUGGUCCCCGGAUGUUGUUCAAGUAAGAAAAUAGAAUCAGAUGGUAAUAAGUUGAUAUCAAAAUGUUGUGAGGACAAAGAAAAAAUUGAUGACAGCGAAAAUAAACCCAUCACCAAAGAGGAUGGAUCAUGGAUACCUGGGAGCUGUAAACAAUGUAGGUCGGACCCCCAGAGUAGGAGUUUCUGCCAAUCACUUUCAAAUGGACGUAGUUCAGGCUCUUUCUCUUCCAACAGUGGAUUGUCGACUGAUCUGGACGAACAACAAACUGAUGUUAGGUAUAGUUCAAUUAAACUGCCGGAAAUAAGUUCUUCCAGGAGUGCACAAUCUAAUCUAGCAUCUGAUACAAAGAAGUACCUACCGAUUAGUUGCACUUAUCAAAAAAUCCGUGAACAUAUGCAAAAAAAUAAAAGCGUACAAGAACAAGUCAAUACCGAAGGUUCGGUCUCAUCAGUGUUAGCGAACAUUGCAUCUGGGUUAAAUGUUCGUGGACAGAAAGUGGAGUUGCAAAGCAUCAAGGAUGCGUUACACAAGAUGGAUAAGAACGUUCUGGAAUGA